AUGGGUUCAUUCCCGUCUUCCAAUGACCACAAAAACAUUUUAGAAGUUGUUGAUUAUGUUUCAAAGUGGGUUGAAGCAAUUUCAUGUGCUACAAACAAUGUGGCAACAGUCCUAAAGUUCCUGCAGAAAAAUAUUUUCACUUGCUCUGGAACACUGUGUGCCAUUAUAAGCAACAAGGGAACUUAUUUCAUCAAUCACAUUAUCAAUAAGCUUCUAAUUAAAUAUAAUGUCCAUCACAAAAUUAUGACAGCUUACCAUCCUCAAACAAAUGGGCAAGCUGAGGUGUCCAACAGGGAGAUCAAAUCCAUACUUGAAAAGGUUGUUAAUUCGACACAGAAGGAUUGGACACAAACUUGCCACUUACCUUUGGAACUUAAACACAAGGCAUUCCGAGCCAUCAACAAGCUCAACUUUAAUAUUGAAGCAUUAAGAGAAGCAAGGAAGUUGCAGUUGCAUGAGCUAGAUGAGUGGAGACUACAGGCGUAUGAGAACACUAAAAUUUACAAAGAGCGGAAAUUAAAAUUGCAGUGGUCAGGACCCUUUGUUAUUAAGGAGAUAUACCCUUAUGGAAUAAUGGAGCUAACGCAUGAGGAUGGAUCAAAUGCAUUUAAGGUUAAUGGCCAAAGGAUCAAGCCAUAUUAUGGAGGUGAUAUUGAUCGAAAAAAAGCCUUCAUUGACUUCGAAAAACCCGAAUGA